AUGGUACUCAACAUCAAGGCGUGUAUCCCUAUCACCCUUGACUAUGCUGACACUCAAUACAACAACUGGUCGACUCUCUUCCAACUUCAUUGCCGUGCUAAUUUGGUCAUUGACCAUAUUCUUCCUCCACCAGUUGAUCCUUCGGCCAAACCAUCCGAGCCUACGGAUGCCGAGAAAGCUUUUUGGCAAAGACUUGAUGAUAUUGCGGUUGAUGCUUGGAAGCGUUUGAAGAAGUUCUUCCACAAUAACAAGUCUGCAAGAGCCUUACAACUCGAUGCCCAAUUCACCAACACCAAGCUUGAACAAUUUGAGGGUGUUAAACCCUACUGCACUCGCCUCAAAACCCUUGUUAAUAGUUUGAGGAAUGUUGGAGACACGGUCUCUGACAAUCGAAUGGUCCUUCAAUUAUUGAAAGGUUUAUCCGAGGAGUACAAACCCUUUCGUACGUCGGUUAGACAUCUCAAUCCGCUGCCAUCCUUUGAUGCUUUGCCCUCGAUGCUUGAGUUGGAGGAGCAAAGAAAUGCUACAGAUCUUCAAUCCGAGUCUAAUGAGGAGGCAUUACUUGUGCAGUCCUCUUCGACUUCCAAUAACAACGUUGAGAAUUUCCCAAAUUCUGGAGGAAAUCGUGGGAAUAAUUCGCAGACUGGUGGCCGAAAAAACAACAAAGUUAAGGGCACCGGAAAAGGGAAGGGUUCCGGUAGUUCAGGCGGUGGUUCAGGCGGCCGGAGCAACCAGUCGCAGCCACAGCAGCAACGUGGUUCACCCACACCAAAGCAGCAGCAGCAGAUGCAACCAUAG